AUGUUUGCUGAAAAACCAGUAUUUCCGCCUUCGAAACUUCAUUUACCUUCAAUUGAACAUGGCCUUCGCCGAAAACCUAGUUUACCACCAACAUCAUUGUAUCGUUCAAAAGGAAAUAAUACUCCUUUUAAUACUGAUAAUAUAUCUGAGUUAAAAGCUAAAUAUACUGAUUAUAUGACAUGGCUUAAGACGUCUAAUCGUCAUAAUCAUGGUCCAAUAGAAACUCAAGAAUUAUUAAAAAAUUCUCUUUGUCAAAUGGGUAUUGAUUCAGUUAAAGCCGAACAGCUUGUAUCAACAUGUCAUUGGUAUGUCUAUCAAUUUCAAAAAGAUUUAAAAAUUGAUCCUGAAGUAAAAGAUCAAUUAAAUACAAUAGAAAGAAAAAAACAAAAUCAACAUAAAACUAAAUUGAAAAAAAUGCCAACGAGAAACUAUAAUGUUGAUGAUUCGUCAUCAACAAUAACUUCGCUCAGUAAAGAUGAUUUUUCAACAUCUCAUCCAUCACCUUCAACACGUAAUAAUCAUCUUGUAUUACCUGCAAUCCGUGUUUCGGAUUUAUCAACAUCGUCACGUUUUCGACAUGUUGACUUUAAUUCCGAACAAAUGCAAACUCCAAAUUCUAAUGCUUCAUCUACACAUUGGCGCGCAGCAUUAAUGAAAACAAAAGCUGUAUCAAAACUUCAACCACAAUCAAAAAAAUCAUCCGCUAAUAGUUCGCCUCUUGAUAUUCAUCUACCCACGAAUAAUCACCGAAGUUUAGCUGCUACUCGUCAUACACGUUCAAUACUUCGUAAACAAAAUAGUUCAUCAUCAUCAACAGCAUCAACAGAUAUUAGUAGUCGAAAAACUUAUAGUCGAAUUUUAACUCCAUCAUCAACAAUUUUAGAUGAUAUACCAUUAGGUACUCGAUCACGACGUUUAUUCGGUGGUAGUGAAUGUUUUGCUCAGAUAAUGAAUGAACUUGAACUGAACGAUGAAAAUAUUUAA